AUGACUCAGAAGUGUGUCUGUUUCGAUGGUGAAGGCGUUCUUUGGCAUGCAGGAGAACCAAUCCCCGGUGCUUCAGAAGUCAUCAAUGAAAUUACAAAGCUUGGCUAUCGUCCAAUUGUAAUUACAAACAAUGCAAGCAAAUCUGUCGAGCAAUAUUAUCAGCGCUUCCAGAAAUCCGGUUACAAUUCCUUUGAAAUGUCCGAUGUUAUUACUUCUGCAGCUGCAGUUGGUACCUAUCUUCAGAAAAUAGGUCUUGAUAAACCAAAUCGUAAAAUAUUUGUUAUUGGUACAGCAGGUUUUGUUAGUCAGCUUAGACUCCAACACCUCCAAGUUAUCACAACAGCUGAUUUUGAUGGCAUCGAAUUCCACACAAUGGAGUUAGAUCCAUCAGUUUGCGCUGUUGUUGUUGGCUCAUCAGAAGAAUUCACAUACAGGCAUCUCGCUAUUGCCACUCGUUUCGUUAUUGAAAAUGAUGCAAUUCUUAUCUCCGCUAAUCCAGAUAACUCCUAUCCAUACAAUCCAAAGGUUCUUGUCCCAGGUGCUCAUGCCCUUUCCGUCUCAAUCUCAGUCGCUUCUGGCCGCCAACCAAAGAUUGUCGGAAAACCAGAUCCAAAGGUAUUUGAAGCCAUCCCAGGAUACAAGGACAUCGAUAUCAAGAACAGCUGGAUGAUCGGUGACCGCCUGAACACUGAUAUCGCUUUUGCGAAGAACGUUGGCCUUAAAUCUAUCCUCGUUCUUACAGGCGUAUCAAAGCGUGAUGAAUGCGAAGCUCUUUCCUUCGAGGAAAAACCAGAUUUUGUAUGUGAAGAUCUUGCUGCUUGCCUCGAAACAAUCAAGGCUAACCAGUAA